AGGCUGCGGAUUGCAGGCCUGAUCUGUGCCGCCCUUUUAGUCAUCGGAGGGACAACAAGUGCUCCAGACGCUCUAGCAAAGACGAUGACAGUGAAAUCUGAUGCGGAACCUGACGAACCGGUUUCCUUGUGGGAGAAGUUGGAGCAAACAGGAGAUGGGUGGAGUGGAGAUAAAGAGGGGUGGGGUGGGGGAAUUUGGAGGAGGAAACGCGCCAUCCUAGGUCGAUCAGUUCUGUGUUGUAUGUAAAUUCAGUCUGGAGUCAUAUUGGAAUAGAUAUCUACUUUUAGGAGCUUGGUGUUUUGUCUGUACAGGAGAAACGCUUCAAUCAAAUAAAUCUAAACGACAAUGUUGUAAUGAGUGACAUUGAAUAAAAAUUGAUCAUUUUAUUUUUUCAAUUUUAUUUUUAGACGAUUACAGUCAAUAUUCAAUCAGUUUAGUGGCACAUAGUAUUGGCAGUGUGAACUGUGUUCCUGCAUAACAUAAGACAAAUACAUAAUCUUAUAGAAUUGUAACGAAUCGACGUUACGCGUCUCAUGCCGGAGUGAAUCAUCAAAGGGGGAGAAUUUGACAUGUUCGCUCUCGUUAAGCAAACAUGACAGCGACACUCCCCUUCGGACUCGUAGACCUGGCCCAAGAUCAGCCCGACCGAACCACGUCGCUUCGCCCCUAGCGGCUCACGCAACAACUGAAACUGACCUGGGAUCGGGACUCUGGAACUUCCCUUUCGUAAACCGCCUGCCAACCUGUGGAGAAGGGAGUUGACCGACUGAGCGGACAAGAAGACACGAGGCUCAAGUCGCGAGAUCUUCCAUCGGCUAACUUUUUCGUUUGGUUCUGAGUCCAGCGCGUCAAGGGUAAAAUGUCAACAAGCCUGAAGAUGUCCAAGAUCUGUGCUUUGGUGUUCAUGACAUGUAUCUCAAUGGUGUUUGCCGAAGAACAGAAUCACUACCACAGACUGCGUGUUGGAGGUUUGAUUCUUGCAGCUGUCCUUUGUCUCAUCGGCAUUACCAUCCUGUUCAGUGGUCACUGCAGGUGCAAGUUCAAGCAGGACAAAAGGAGGAGGACAGGAAGCAACACUCAGGCAAUGCUCAAUGAUCAAGGUCGCGCCUGUGAUUGCUAGGAGUUGACAAGAAACUUCCUGGAGUCAGAUACUGCAGAAGCGUCAACAUUUGAGGCACAAGUACCUCUACUCGGAGAUUUUCAUUGUUUAGGAAACCAACAGAAAGUUGGAAGGUGUGGGCUUGUUGUGACUGACAACUGCGCUUUCAUGCACUCACAAACACACACUUGCAUUUCAUAACUCUUGUACACAUACUUCAUAGCGCUUUCAUAUCAUUCAGUUGAACUUUUUUUAUUUGUCAUAAUUAUCCAGCAGUUUGCAUUCAAAGCUUGAAUUGAUUAAAGUGAAAGUGGCCUGUUACACAAACCAAGUACCAAAACAGUUCCAUGUAUGUUGUCACGCUAUCCCAAUACUCUGUAUUGUGUGUAAAUAAAAUGUAGAGCUCGACAUUAGUUGGCUACUUUAGGUAGCCUAACGCAUGUUACAUGUAUUCAUGUCAAAUACAUGAAAUACACAUCAUAAUAAUCAUCCAUGGGUUACUAUAUUUCAAGUGAUGUGUUAAUAAAUGAUGGUAAUCUUUUAAUAUUUCUGUUUAGCUUCUUUGAGCAAUGCAGUCGAUGUCACCAUUCAGAAACGUUCAAUUUCAAUUAAAGAAAUGCUGAAAUGAAAA